UGCUCGUUCCAGAAGCUGAGCUGCGGUUACACCUUGUGCCUGGUGCUGCUUUUCCUGGCAGUGUUACUGGCUGUGGCUGUGACCGGAGCUCUCCUCUUCCUCAACCAGUACCACCACACUGCGGAUACCCGUCCUCUCAUCAGCACCAGCCAGGACAAGAUGCAGGCCCUGGUCACCAUCGACCAGGCCGACAGCUCCAGGAUCAACAUCUUCAUCGAUCCGAACUGCCCGGAUUACAAGGGGGACCUGACCCAGCUGGAAGCUCUGCACUCAUCCCUCCUCACAGCCGUACUCGGUCACCGGGAUGAGCUGAAAGCCUCAGAGGGGCAAGACAGGGCACUCCUGGUCACCGUGGCAGACCAAGUGUCCCGCCUCAUGACCCGCACGGCCCAGCUCAGGCAGGAUUGUGAGGCCCUGAGGCGGGGCCAGGCUGGCUUGAGCCAAGAGCUGAGUUUGCUUCAGUCUGAGCAAGGCAGGUUAAUCGAGGUAAGGGAGCAAAAGGGAAUGAUGCUGGGGUCAUUGUAA